AUGCGAAGUUCUCUAAGAAUAUCCCCAGCGCCUUUUAAAUCUUCUUUCUUGUCGAUUCCACCAUCGCCCUUCUCACCACGUCCACCUUUCACACCCACAGCGCCAUUCCAACAAUCAGUUCAGAAAGGGAGCCAGCAAGGUUCAAAAACGGGCACAAAGUCUACGGAAGAUUUACCACCAACUCCCUUACCUUGGACGUGGACAUGUCACCACUGUCAUUGUAGCUACCGCUUGAACGUCACAAGGCGUUGCCUACAAGACGGACAUUAUUAUUGUAGCGGUACAACCACUGUAAAGGCAUGGCGACAAUCAAACUAUGUACGACGUACAAAGAAACAUGGUGCCUGCAACAGCGAAUUUGACUAUUCUGGCUGGAAGAACUGGAGCAGAUGGCGAAGAGACGGUCCCAGGAACAAAGCUGCUCUGGACACUGGCUCGUCCGCUGGCACAAAAGAUGGAGAUAUUCCGACAAAGAAAAAAGACUGUUGGAAUACGUGUGACUACCCAUCCGAGUGCAAAUGGGGAAACAAAUUCGGCAUACAUACGCCUGUAGAAAGCGGCUUCCCGGUUGUUGAAGCUGAUGCCAAAACAACACUUAAUUCUCAUGCCAAUACGACCUCAAAAGGCACCCUCACGACUGGAAACUACGAGGAUGCCAAGACGUUGAGGAAGAACGAAACUAUGAAUCUUUGGACUGCUCUGGUGGCAAGCGUAGAGAGGAGAAAGAACGGUAGUGGGCGUACUGCUUCACCACUCUCUGUUGUCACACAAGGAGAGAUAGCAAGGAAAAGAGCUGGCAAGACCGCUUCGUCACCCCAAGAAGGCAGAGGCAAUGUGAUUAUGACUGCCACGAAUUUAUCGGUUGUGGGUACCGCAAGUGACUCAGCUCUAUCUGAUAGCUCUGAUUCCUCAACCGCCGGAGGCUCUCUCAAGCCCUUGCUGAGUAGGAGG